AUGGAAAUCGCAAUCGUUGGAGCUGGAAUCUCCGGUCUCUCUCAAUACCUCUUCUUCCGCAAACUCGGCCUCACCGACAUUCACUCCAUCGUCAUCUUUGAAGCACGCCAGAUCAAGCCAGGAUCUUCCACUGGCGAGCAAAAUGCUGAGACGUACAACGCGUCUGUUAUAGGCGCAAGCAUCGGCCUCAGCUCCACCGGUCUAAAAGUCCUCAAACGUCUUGAUCCUGAUCUUUACGAUGAAGUCCUGCAAUCUGGACAUGUUAUCACCUCUUGGAAACUCUCUUCCUCCCGCGGUUGGACCUUAGCUGAGAUCCCUGCUGGCGGCGAGGACGAAAUGACCGUGAUGAUCGGGAGGGACGCGUUUUGGAAGAUCUUGAGGAAGCGGGUGCCGGAUGAGGCCAUUCAGCGACGGAAGGUUGUCGAUGUCGAGCUCGCGCACGACGCGUCUGGUUCGAGGUUGGUUUUUGAGGAAGGAUCAACGGAGCGGUUUGAUUUGGUUGUUUCUGCGGAUGGGAUCUGGUCAAUCGGACGUAGAGCAUUUUUUGGCGGUCAGGGGAAGCAGAGAUAUGAGUACUCGCCUCAUUAUGAAGGCCUCAUCGGAACCGGAGGCUUCGUCACAAGCUCGUUGCUCCAGAAUGUUCCUGACGGUCAAAUGAAUGUCGUAAAUGGUGGCAAUGGCUUCUUCGGCUAUGGCUAUUGCUCCAGCUCAGACGUGGGCCCGCGCAAGCAUGGCGAUACCGCGACUUGGUGGUCUACUCACAGUUUGAGGGAUUGUCCAGACGAUUGGCGCCAUAUCGAUCUGGAGAGCGUAAAGAGCGAGCUUCAGAGGCGGCAUUCUGAGUGGAAAGACCCGGUCGUCCAGAGCAUCGUACGCGAUGUCCGCGUCGAUUCUUUGUAUCCGACUUUUACUACGCCAUUGCUGCCGACAUGGCAGAAAGGCUGUUGUGUACUAGUCGGCGAUGCUGCUCACGCUUUGCAGCCAUCUUCGGGGCAGGGAGCGAGUAUGGCGCUUGAGGACUGCGAGACGCUGGCUCUGCUGUUGCACCAUUAUCUGACCGUCAGGUCAUCGAAGAGCAUCCAGAGAGCGUUGGAGCAGUACUCGGACAUUCGCAGACCACGACUGGCGAUGGUGCACAAGAAGGCACAGGAGCUUGCUGGUAUGAAGCAGGAUAUGUCGUUGCUGGAAGAGAUGGUGAUGUACUUCUUCAUCUGGUUGUUCGCCAGGUUGAGUCUCAAUGAGGCGUACCAGAAGAAACUCAACCAUUACGACGUUCCAACCGUCGUGGAAACGGUUCUCAGGGGGACAAGUUGA